GAGCUCAGCUAAUAGAACAACAGAAAUGCCUAGAGCAGCAGACCGAGAUGCGGGUACAGCUCCUGCAGGACCUGCAAGAUUUCUUCCGCAAAAAAGCCGAAAUUGAGACCGAGUACUCACGCAACCUGGAGAAGUUAGCAGAGAGGUUCAUGGCCAAAACCAGGAGCACAAAAGAUCACCAGCAGUACAAGAAAGACCAGAACCUAUUGUCUCCAGUGAACUGCUGGUAUUUACUCCUGAACCAAGUAAGAAGAGAAAGCAAAGACCAUGCAACAUUAAGCGAUAUCUAUCUGAACAAUGUCAUCAUGCGCUUUAUGCAGAUAAGUGAGGAUUCUACCAGAAUGUUUAAAAAGAGCAAAGAGAUUGCAUUCCAGCUUCACGAGGAUUUAAUGAAAGUUCUUAAUGAGCUGUAUACGGUCAUGAAAACAUACCACAUGUAUCAUGCAGAAAGUAUCAGCGCAGAGAGCAAAUUAAAAGAAGCAGAAAAACAGGAAGAAAAACAAAUUGGACGAUCCGGGGACCCAGUCUUUCACAUUCGACUAGAAGAGAGACAUCAGAGGAGGAGUUCUGUGAAGAAGAUUGAGAAAAUGAAAGAGAAGCGACAGGCAAAGUAUUCGGAGAAUAAAUUAAAAUCCAUCAAAGCACGAAAUGAAUAUCUCCUAACCCUAGAAGCAACGAAUGCCUCCGUGUUCAAGUAUUAUAUCCAUGACCUCUCGGAUUUAAUCGAUUGCUGUGACCUUGGAUACCACGCCAGUCUGAACAGAGCCCUAAGAACAUAUCUCUCUGCAGAGUAUAACCUUGAAACCUCCAGACACGAAGGCCUGGAUAUCAUUGAGAAUGCAGUUGAUAAUUUAGAGCCCCGGAGUGAUAAGCAGAGAUUCAUGGAGAUGUACCCUGCCGCCUUCUGCCCACCAAUGAAAUUUGAGUUUCAGUCUCACAUGGGUGAUGAGGUCUGUCAGGUCAGCGCCCAGCAGCCGGUGCAAGCGGAACUCAUGCUCAGGUAUCAGCAGCUGCAGUCACGACUGGCCACGCUCAAAAUCGAGAAUGAGGAGGUCAAGAAAACAACCGAAGCCACCUUACAAACGAUACAAGACAUGGUCACCAUCGAGGAUUACGAUGUCUCAGAAUGCUUCCAGCACAGUCGGUCCACGGAGUCUGUAAAGUCCACCGUCUCGGAAACGUACUUGAGUAAACCCAGCAUUGCUAAAAGAAGAGCCAACCAACAGGAAACCGAGCAGUUCUACUUCAUGAAAUUCAGGGAAUACCUGGAAGGCAGUAAUCUCAUUACAAAGCUUCAAGCCAAACAUGAUUUGCUGCAAAGGACACUGGGAGAAGGUCACAGAGCUGAAUAUAUGACCACAAGCCGAGGACGGAGGAAUUCGCACACAAGACAUCAGGAUUCAGGGCAAGUCAUCCCCCUCAUUGUGGAAAGCUGCAUCAGGUUUAUCAAUCUGUACGGUCUUCAGCAUCAGGGGAUUUUCAGAGUGUCUGGCUCCCAGGUGGAAGUCAAUGACAUUAAAAAUUCAUUUGAGAGAGGUGAAAAUCCUUUGGCUGAUGACCAAAGUAACCAUGACAUUAACUCAGUUGCAGGAGUUCUGAAACUCUUUUUCCGCGGGCUGGAAAACCCCCUCUUUCCUAAGGAAAGAUUUAAUGAUCUUAUUUCUUGUGUCAGAAUAGAUAAUCUCUAUGAGAGGGCUCUUCACAUCCGUAAACUCCUCCUUACCUUGCCCAGAUCGGUCCUUAUCGUGAUGAGGUACCUUUUUGCUUUCCUCAACCACCUCUCACAGUACAGCGAUGAGAACAUGAUGGAUCCCUAUAACCUGGCCAUUUGUUUUGGGCCAACACUGAUGCCCGUUCCAGAAAUACAGGACCAGGUCUCUUGCCAGGCUCAUGUGAAUGAAAUCAUCAAAACUAUCAUCAUCCACCAUGAGACUAUUUUCCCAGAUGCUAAGGAACUAGAUGGCCCAGUUUAUGAGAAGUGCAUGGCUGGAGGUGACUAUUGUGACAGCCCAUACAGUGAGCAUGGUACUUUGGAAGAAGUCGAUCAGGAUGCUGGUACAGAGCCCCACACCAGUGAAGAUGAAUGUGAACCCAUUGAAGCUAUAGCUAAGUUUGACUAUGUUGGGAGGUCUGCUCGAGAACUGUCCUUCAAGAAGGGAGCCUCACUGCUUUUAUAUCACCGAGCAUCCGAGGACUGGUGGGAAGGACGGCACAAUGGAAUCGAUGGCCUAGUACCUCAUCAGUACAUUGUGGUACAGGAUAUGGAUGAUACCUUUUCUGAUACACUGAGCCAAAAAGCAGACAGUGAAGCCAGCAGUGGGCCUGUUACAGAAGAUAAGUCUUCAUCCAAGGACAUGAACUCCCCAACUGACCGUCAUCCUGAUGGAUAUUUAGCCAGACAAAGAAAAAGGGCUGAACCACCCCUUCCUUCAAGGCGUCCUGGCAGGACCAGUGAUGGCCACUGCCCUAUCCACCCCCCACACUCACUCUCCAAUUCCUCGGUUGACCUUGGGUCCCCUAGCCUAUCCAGUCACUGCAGCCCCCGAGCCCUGUUGCAGAACCGUAGCCUCAACAAUGACAGCCCUGAAAGGAGGCGCAGGCCUGGCCAUGGCAGCCUGACAAACAUUAGUAGGCAUGAUUCUCUAAAGAAGAUCGACAGUCCUCCCAUUCGGAGAUCGACGUCAUCGGGCCAGUAUACAGGCUUCAAUGACCACAAACCUCUGGACCCAGAGACGAUCGCUCAGGAUAUCGAGGAGACAAUGAACACCGCUUUGAACGAACUCCGAGAGCUGGAAAGGCAGAGUACAGCAAAGCAUGCCCCAGACGUGGUGCUGGAUACCUUGGAACAAAUGAAAAACUCCCCCACACCUGCCUCGUCCACUGAAUCCCUCAGCCCUCUCCAUAAUGUGAUGCUCAGGAGUACCGAGCCUCAGAUCCGACGAAGCACGAGCUCUUCCAGUGACACAAUGAGUACUUUCAAGCCCAUGGUGGCACCCAGGAUGGGAGUACAGCUGAAGCCCCCAGCUCUUAGGCCAAAACCCAUCGUUCUUCCAAAAACAAAUCCAACCAUAGGACCCACGCCUCCCUCCCAGGGUCCAACAGACAAAUCAUGCACGAUGUAAAAAAAAAAAAAAA